CUGCCCCACGGGCAUGCUCGCUCACUGCACCAAGCAAAAAAGGGGAGGAAAAAAGACAGGUCACGUGUGAAUGCCUGAAAUACCAGGCCAACAGUCACAAGACUAUUGCAGGGGCCAGUCCAGCGCUGUCCUCGCCUGCCGUAUCGUUCAUGCCAGCAGUGCACUUCUGGGCUCGCGUGGGUCAUUGAACCUUCUAUGGACAUCUUUCCUUGUAGCGUGUGCCCGACCGCCUUCGAUCCGCCGCCGCCCCGUACACUUUUGUCAUAGCUUCCAGCUGCUUUCGCAUCGCAACAUCCACGACGCCAGCAACGAAGCCUCAUCAACACCCUCGCUACGAUUUCGCCGGUCCCUCUUUGUGUGCCUAACACUUUACCGGCGCUUUGCACGACUACCUGUUCUUCUAGAACUCCUCGACUUUCCCGUAUCAUCGACAAAAGAGGUGUUUUCUAGAUAAUCAUUUCGUCACCAUGUGGUUGUGGUCUUGGUUCUACGAUAUCCUUUCCAACCUCGGCCUGCUCAACAAGCAUGGCAAGCUGCUCUUCCUGGGUCUCGACAAUGCCGGAAAGACCACUCUUCUACACAUGUUGAAGAAUGAUCGCGUUGCCAUUCUCCAACCUACUCUUCAUCCGACUUCGGAGGAGCUUUCUGUCGGCAACGUCAAGUUCACCACUUUCGAUCUUGGCGGUCAUCAGCAGGCCCGUCGUCUUUGGAAGGAUUACUUCCCCGAAGUAAACGGUAUCGUUUUCCUCGUGGACGCCAAGGACCACGAGCGUCUCCCCGAGGCCAAGGCCGAGAUCGACGCGCUCCUCUCGAUGGAGGAGUUGGCCAAGGUUCCCUUCGUUGUGCUCGGCAACAAGAUUGACCAUCCCGAAGCCGUCUCUGAGGACGAGCUCAGGCAGAGACUCGGGCUCUGGCAAACGACCGGCAAGGGCAGGGUUCCUCUCGAGGGCAUCCGCCCCAUCGAGGUGUUUAUGUGCUCUGUGGUUAUGAGACAGGGAUACGGAGAGGCUAUCAGGUGGUUGUCCCAGUACGUUUAAGGGGUCUGAUGAAAUGCGGAGCAGCACAGGAUGGUUGUCAGGUAAUAACAUUUUGUAAUAUGAUACGAUGAUGACAAUGAAGGAACUGGAGGGUCUCGCGAUAUCAAAAAUUGACGGGCGUAUUUUCACAAUGAACAGAUACGCACGAGGCUUAUCAGACACAAAUGGGACGUUGGAGGGACUAGUGUACGUUUGACCACUGCCGUUAUCUGGCUCUAACGGUAUAGGUUAUCUUUUGCUCUCCGUCAGAUUCCGGUACCUAUAGCUUGUUCUAUUCCCUUAGUAACACGGUGUCUACCUAGCCCGGCCCGAGUUUGAGCGGUCAUUCUAGCAAUCUGUAGAAUCAUUGUAUGUACGGAUGAACGUGAACAUCUCCAACAAAGCCUAGUCUAGUUCUCGAAUGACAAGGAUUCGUUCCGG